GGUAUAAAAAUUUGAGCCCUUAAGUUUUUUUUAUCCCCUUCAAAUAUGCAUUGACCAAGUGACAUAUGUUUCUCUUUUGGUAUAGGUUUUUACUUGCAGUAGUGAGUCUGUAUUAGCAGGGUAUAUGGCAAUGUCAACUCCGAAGCUCAAGAUUUAUCAAGAUGUGGAUAGUCUUUGCUUGUUACCCAAAAAAAUAGCUAGUGAGAUAGAGAGUUUGCAAGAGAAGGAAUUCGGACUUUUGCUGGCAAUAAAGGCUGCCGAUUCUUACAAAUCCCAUGGAAGCGGGAUGUUUGUAUGGGAAAAACAGGAUAAGUUUGGGGAGAGGAUUAUAACAGAGUUUAGCUCAGAAGUAUUUAAAGUUCUCUGUGGUAAUAUCCCUUCUGGUACGCUCCUUGUCCAAGAACUAAGCUUUAGCAAUUUUCUACGCUAUAUCUAUUCCAUGUCCUUGGUUAAUUGUUACUAAUUGUCACUAUAUGUUUCCUGUACCGAGAUUCAUUAGAUUCUGACUGGUCUCUAAGUGACUCUCACCUACAUUGAAGGUUUCAUGUGA